UAUGGUGCUUUGUCUAGGGCAUUAAAUAGUAACUACGAGGUGUGCACUUGAACUGGAGUCAGUGACCCAAACCGCCUCUGUUUGGGAGUUGAAGGAGCCAGGUCAGCUAGGAGGCCCCAGCUGCCAGCCAGACAGCAGGGGAAUUCCUCUCCUGAAUUUUCUCUCCUGUCCAGGUUGUUGCAUCACUUGUCUGGGAGAGACCUGAAUGGCCAGGAUAAGCUGGGGCAUCCCGAAAAGCCUGGGACCCUGGACUGGAUGGGUAAUGAGAGGUAGAAGGAUGUGGAUCUGUGUAUUUUCCUUGAAGCUACUGUCACCACCCUGGAAAAGUUCUUCAGGAAUAAGUGACAGUAAGAACGACAAGGGACCAGGACUGGCUCUCUCCUGCAAGAAAUAAAACCCAAGGCCUAGGAUGAAGUGACUUGCUGCAGGCUGUGGAGAGGUUUAAAGAGAAGACUAGAAGACGUCCAACCACCAGCAUCUCAAAGAGAGGGAAAGAAAAGUCCAGGUGGACUUGAUAUCUAGACUGAGAUGGGUGGAGAAGCCCCAGCUAAGCCUGGAGAACAAAAGUGUUUUUUGCAGGUCACCAACCAGAGGGCAGGAUGGAGAAUGCCCAUCCUCCUCAUACUGUGCCUGCUGCAAGCUGUAAACUCUUUGAGGGGCCCAAGGCUAGUGUCUGGGAAGCCUGGGGACACUGUCACCUUCCAGUGCCAUUACAACCCCUCGUUCAUCAACGGGCUCCAGAGGAAGUACUGGUGUCGCCUACGCCCCCUGACGUGGCUCUGCCCCACCGUUGUGUCCACCAACCACUACACUCACCUGCACUAUGGUGACCGUGUGGCUCUAUCAGACUUCCCGCAAAAUGGCUUCUUUGUGGUGACGCUGUCCCAGCUGUCCCCGGAAGAUGUGGGGUCCUAUCGCUGUGGCAUUGGAAACAGAAACGACGUGCUGUUCUCCAGCAUGAACCUGACCAUCUCUGAAGGUCCUCCCAGCACUAUCCCCGGAGUCAUUCCCGCUUCCGGUGAACUUGUCAGGAGGUCCUUUGGAAUAGCAUCUCCAGCCACCAACAGAUGGACCCCAGGAACCACUCAGACUAUAGGAAGACAAGAGGCAGGAUGGGACAGAGUUGGUUUGACUCCAGGAAUCAGCAAAAGAACAGCUUCCAUGAAGAGAAGGCGAACCUCAGGAACCACUGGGGCAGUAGUUGCAGAUCCAGUUAGCCAGGUAGAGAAAACCAUCUGGGCAACAGUCUCCAUUCCAGAGAGUCCAGCUUCGGCAAUCAGAGGCAUGUCCAAUACAACAGAAGGUAUUUGGGUAUGGGGCGCCAGAGGCUCAGUAGCAAAUAGCGCUAGAGCCAGUGAGGAAGGGAGAGAGGCAAGAACUACUGAGGCGGAUAGGCCAAGAGAGGAAGCAGAGAGGGUCAGAACAGGCCUGGAUGCAGACUGGAUGAUCACAGGGACCUCUAGGCCAUCAACCCUGGUCUCAGAAAAAUGGGUGUGGGAAACCCUCCGAGAAGCAAGACUGGUUUCUAAGCCACAAGCCCUGGGCUCCAUUGAAGGAACCACCCCAGCUGCAGGUGUGUGGACCUUGGGGCCCACCAUCAUAGAGAUGGCAUCUAUGGAAGGAAGCACUAAAGGGGACCUAGACAGCCCUGCUGGAGACAGUGGUCCCCAAGCAACGCCAAGCCAGGACCUGGCAGCAGGACCCCUGCGGCCCCCAGGCAUGGGGUUCUCCAUGAACAGAGCUUCUCCAGCAGAGAAGGUUUCUUGGGUCCUGACCCCAGUCUCCACGGUGCUGUUCCUGCUUACACUUUUGGCCCUUGUUCUGUUGGGAAAGAAGCUGCGGAGAAAGAGCACCUCUCAGGAGACAGAAAGUGCAACAGGGAUCACCUUGAUUCAGAUGACACGUUUCCUGGAACUAACCCUCCAGCCAGAUGAGCUGCCCCGUAUGGAAAGGAAGUUGUUCCAGGAUGAUUCUCCUCAUAUCCAUGCCACCAUGACAGUCCCGGAGAGGGUCUCUGGACCCUGAGGAAUGGAAGGAUAUGAUGUUUGGUCACUGUGGAAGGAGAACCAGGUCCGAACACCGUGGCUCAGCCUCUUUUCUCAUCCUUCCUCUACCUGUACAAAGGGAAGCUAAUGGAGCUGGGGCUCCACCUGGAGAAGCAAAGGCUGACCACUACUAGG